CUUGCAGCGAAUGCGAGCAUAUCGAGAGAAAAGAACGGCGACAUGAGGUCUUUCGAUGCUACACGCUUUCCUUCAUUCGGUUAACUGGCACAGCUCGCCAGAGUGCAGUAUCAAGCUUCAAGCACAAAUUAUAAAUUCAAAUAGCUUAUGAUGGUACAUUAAAGCCCAGGCGAUGGCUUGGGUCGGCCUGCGCGUGCCUUUAGAGAAAUGGCUGGGGCCUACCGGAGCAAGCCGAUUCACCGAUGAGGACCUGCGCCGGCUAUGGGAGGGUGGCUAUGAGACGCUGGAGGACCUGCAGAUUGCGAGCCAGGCGGGUCUCGAGCGGGCCAGGUUGAGGCCGGCGAGGGCGGACCAGAUUAUCCACGCUCAAGGCGCAGCUGCUGGCACAACAAGAGCUGGUGACGCAGGCGCGGCGGCUGACCUGGGCAUGGGGAGCGCGGCCGGGGCCGGCGCGGCAGCUUCCCAGGGCGCAGAGACCGCGGUGGGAGCUGGGUCGCUGCCGGCUGCUACUGGCGUGGCGGCAGGGCAGAGCUUAGGAGGCGCCGCAGACGCUGGCUACUUCGCGGACCUCUUCCCAUCCGCCCUCUACUGCAUGACCUUCACGCUGUACGAUGGCGUCGACGUGGCCAUGAGGCUUGUCUCUCACGCAAAGGCCAACGGAUUCAGGGGCGAGGUCGGGCACGUGUCGACAUCGCGCUCCGACUUCACGUUCCUGCUCAAGACUGAUGACGUGGGCAAGCAAACUCUGAAGGGCUUCGCAAGCUGGCUGGCGACGCAGGUGCCGGUCCGCGUCCCUUGCGCAGAGGCAAGUACGGCGUUUGCGAAAGCAGCGGAAGCUGACGCCGCGCGGGUGGAGGUGACGUCGGACCCAUUCAACCCUCUCACCCGCGACCGGGAGCUGCUGGACAUGUACAACCAGGGGCCGCUGACCGUCGUCUACGCUACUACGGAGGUGCGGGAGGCGCUGGAGAAAGCUAAUAACACGGAAGCGGAGCAGCGGGAACGGCUCAGCAAAUCCAGCCUGGGCGAUUCGAGAGCGUCUUCGUCGCACGCCGAGUGAUGGUGGUGUCAUUUGGGCGGCUGGAAGCUGUGGGAGGCAACAAGGGCGGGGUAGUGGGCUUUUGGGGUUAGAAGGAUUGGUGGCGGGCCAGCUGGUGGCGGCGGUAGGUGGUCACCGCCCCAAGCCCAUUACCACCAGCUGUGGUGGCACGGAUGCAUGUGCGGAGCGGAGGGGGCGGACAGGGCCAUGUCAUGUCGAUCGAGGAGGAGGAGGAGGAGAAGAGCGCCGCCCCGGCGCGCAGGUUAAGACCUGCCAUGGUGUGAUGAGUGACGUCUAUGCAAAUAUGGCAUGUUGAUUUGUCUGGCGGGAUGCUUUUGCCUAGACGUGAUUGGACGCAACUUGGCGGGCGGUGCCUGUUCAAACCGAAUCCAGCAACGUCUGGGAGAUGAGGCGUUGUUUCGAAACCUUUGGCCUCAAACGGUACACGCGGUGUAGGCUUGGCCACUUGCCUCGUCACGGUAACUAAGGCAACCGGCACUCAGCCAUGAGGACAAGUUGUAUUCAUACCAAACAUAGAAUCAAAUCAUGUUAGUGCCUGCGAUACACGGAUGCCGCACGCGGUACAGACGGCCGUAUGCGCGCGCACACCAACCCGGGUUCACUUCAGUUUUGGGCACCGUCCCAAAACUGCACAACCUUUCGACCCGUCUUUAGACGUGGUAACACAGUCCGACGUGGAAACCAACCUUACCUACCCCCCCACAAAUCGUUCAGGUUCACCGUCCGACAGUACUACCACUGCCGUACGGCCCUUCCCGUGUUGGUUACGGUGUCCAAGCAGCCGCACGGACAGUGCUGCUCAUCGAUCGAAACGUCAAGGCGGUGCGUGUGUGCAUACACGUCGAUGCAUGCGUUAUACCGGUGUGCGUGUCUGUGCAUGUGCCCGAGCUUGCAACUUCGUGUGUAGAAAUGAACAAUCCUGGGAAACCCCGCCACACCAGUAGUGGCAGCAGAAGCCGAACCGCCUCCAGCCCCCCAUUCCUUCCCGA